AUGGUUGGUAAUGAUGAAGAAAUGGUUUCGUGGCCACCUUUCAAAUUCAAAGACAACGUGAAAAUAUGGAUGUAUUGCACCUGCGCCCCUUGCGGAGAUGCCAGUAUGGAACUAUGCAUGGCAGCCCAAGAAGACCCCACGCCGUGGCAAGUCCCUGCAGCUGACGCUACUUCUGCCAUUGAAAAUAAUCUAGUAGUAAAACUAUUAGACGGCCGUGCUCACUUCUCGGUGCUAGGCGCCGUUCGUCGCAAACCGUCUCGCGCCGAUGCACAGCCAACUCUAAGCAAAUCUUGUUCAGAUAAACUUGCGGCAAGGCAAGUCACAUCGGUUUUAUCGUUCCCAGCAAGCCUGCUUAUUGCCCCGUCUCCCAAUGCAUACUUGGCAAACGUCGUUCUCCCCGCGAAUGAAAUAAGUCAAACUGCACUUAAACGGGCAUUUGGCAGUGGGGAACAGGGCCGCCUACAUAGGCUUAAUGGUCGAAAAUGGCAAGAUGAAGUGCAUUCAAUGCAUUCGGACAGCGGUUAUGCAUUUACUCCCUUCGAUAUUCGGGCGUUGCCCAUGGAUCUGCUGAAUAACCUCUGGAAAUUCUCCAAGAUAAAAGACGCCAGCUCAAAACAUCGUAAGAUAUCGAAUUUCUCGGCAGUUUGGACUGCAACUCCCACCUUGGGAACCAACCCAGCUUUUACCAUUUUUGGCCAAGACGCGGGUCUGCCAUAUGGUCAAGGUAUCGAAAAGACUGUGAAGGCGUACCCAACCAAUGUCAGCGAAAUCAUUCUGAAUGGCGUUAGGCAAGGAUACCACAUCUCGUCUUCGGAUGUGCGCAAGGCAAGCGUGUUGUCGCGAGCCAGGAUGUGGGAUCUCCUUUGCGAAGUUGUCCAGCUUUUGCCCGAUGCAAAGAAGGAUACAUGCACCUCCAGUGAGGAUGAAUCUAGCAAAAAUGCGAGAGGCGAUGAUGCAAAUGGAGGGCAUCAGUUUUUAAAACUACGUGAAUGCGUUUUCCACUCCCCAACGUAUUCUAUGUUGAAACAAAAUGUCGCCGCCGCAAAGCUUUUGCAUUUGAGAAACAAAGCUUCAGCAGACGUCCGACAAGUAUUAGGCAACUGGAUUGAGAAUAGGGGUGAUGGACAUUGGGGUUUGAGGGCCCCUCGAAGUUUUUGA